ACGGUGGACAACUGCACGAUACACCUAUAUAUCCGGAAUCAGAGAGAAAGAGAAAAAAAACGAGACAAACACAUUUUUAGAAACUGUUUAUGUCUUGGUUUAUGUGAACAAGAACGCCGAUUUAUUUUGACAGCACAAUUGUUAUCGCAUUUUUAUACAGACAAAUCAGUUCGAGAAUGAAUCACAGUUCAAUAAGUUGUGUUCAAACGUUUAUUUAAUUUGAAAUCGUGCAUAAUUUUGACAAUUUUUUAAGUGCGACUGUAGGAAAAGUGUUUAUUGUGAAAAUUACCUGAAUUAAAGUCAGAUAUCAGUGGUGGCGGCCGGAUUUUUUCAGUGCCUGAGUUUGAUUUUUGUUUCUUAGCAACUGCGGUACGCAACGACAUUAGCUGGAAAAUAGAGAGCGAAUUGAUUAGCAUUGAAUAACGGUCAACAAUGGAAGUUGCAGUAAGAUUGAAUAUGCCCAGUGCUUUAGAUAGCGAUGAUAAAGACGUAGUUCCGGGAACGCCUGAAAAUCACAUCGCCCAACAUAUCGUCGAUGAUAAUAUUAUUGCGGAGACAUCAUGCGCAAGUGACACAGAUGGAUCUAAUCAUACCGAGCCCAGUUUGUUUAGUGACGAAGAAGGCUUUUUGCAAAGCAUAUUUGACUAUGAAUCAUUGAAUCAUCACGAAAAUGACAUUAUUCCCGACUCAGAUCCAAGUGAAAAUGAAGACGAAAGUGAGGUUGAACUUCCAUCAUAUGAUGAUUUUCGCAGAACGCUUGUGCAUUCAGAUGGAAUUGAAAAUGUUUACGUUCCUGAAAUUGAAGCAAUCCCUGAAUCGAAUUAUCUUGAGAAUGUGAUAAUUUUGGAGACGGAUUCCAGUGAAUCUUCGGAAGAUGAGCAACAUGAGGAUAUCGAUGAUGAGCAUCAAGAAGAAGCUGCCAGUCACCUGAGUGAUCACUCAAAUGAUUCACUGUCAGAUGAAAAUCAAUCAAAUUACUCAUCCAACAACGAAAUCAUAAUGGAAACUGAUUUAAGCGAAUCUGAUGAUGAUAGUUUUCAAAGCAAUGCAAACAUUCCACUGCAAAAUGAGUUGGAUUUGGUUCCCGAAACUGAUUUUAUUGAGAAUAGUGAGCCUGAGGAUGAAGAUGAUGAGAUUGUUUCUGAAUCGUCAUAUACAAGUGAAGAAGAAAUUGUACCAAAUCAUGCGAGUGAUGAUUUAUUGUCACAAGCGUUGCAACUGCCAAAUGCACCCAAUAUUUUCACUGAAAUCUCGGAAAAUUUACAUUAUAAUGAAGUAGCACUUGAAAACAAUGAGUUGAACAAUGGAGAAAUACCGAUCGGUUUGAUUUCACCCAAUUUAUUCGACGAUGAAGUACCAACUGAAUUGGGCCUAACGUCACCGGAGCAUUUGCCAAAUGUAAUGCCUGUCAGCGACGAAGAAACUCAAGAAAUUCCACCAACUCCAUUUGCAUACGAACUAGUUUUUCCAAAUUUUGAACCAGAACAACGCGCGAUUUUGCCACAAGAAAAUGAAAAUGGCGAGCAACGAAUGGCAGCACCUGUGAUCGAAGAAGAAAAUCCCCUGGAUUCAGACGACGAUGAAACUAUUUUGACGAUGGCAGACAAUCCUAUCGUCAUCAGUGCGGAGUCAAGCGCAAUCAUUGAACGUAUUGAAAAUUUCAUAGCGGUAGUGAUGAACAAUAUUUCAAAUGGCUGUAGAAUUCAAGUUCUUGUUCAAAACCGUAGCAAUUGGGACAAUUGUUACAUCGAAAAUGAAAGAUUCGUAUUGCUUCCAAUCACAAAUGCCCGAUGUCGACGUAUUCGAUCAGCUUUCAAUUUAUCUCUGAUAUUUUAUCUGCUUAGUGAAAUUCAUGAGCUACUUUUGAGCAAUAGAAGAUGCACUGUUCGAGAAUUGUAUUACAAAAACGUUUUGCUCACACAAAAACAGCAAAAUGUCAAUGAAGCACUGAAAGUGGUUUGUUGUCUCUUGGAUGCAACACCAUGGCAACUUGGCGUAUUGUCUACGUCAAAGGGACUGAUCGCUGGACGAUUGGUAAUUCAUCUACAGGAUGACUCGAUUAUUGAUUGUAGUAUGGACAGAAACGGAAUUACAUUGCCACAUUUAACGGCUGGAAUCGUUGACUUGAGAACCACAGCGCAGCACAUUUUGUUAGUUGAAAAAGAUACUGUAUUCAAAAGUUUGCUUCAGAAUAACAUUUUGGAGCGUUGGAAUUACACUUGCAUUCUAAUAACCGGAAAAGGUUAUCCAGAUAUGAACACUCGACUCAUUUUGAGUAAAUUACGUGAGCUGCAUUCAUUACCAAUUGAUAUUGUCACCGAUGCUGACCCAUACGGAGCCGAAAUCAUGCUUACGUACCGUCAUGGUUCGUUGUCCAUGUCAAAUCUUGCCGAAGAAUUAGCAGUACCAUCGGUGCGUUGGCUUGGAAUUUUUCCCUCGGACAUUCGAAAAUUUGGUAUUCGCGCGAUUCCAUUGACGCAAGAAGAUAAGAGAAAAUUGGAUAAUAUACUAAAUCGGCCAUUCAUCAAUGAUCACGUGCAUCGCGAACUGUUAAUCAUGAAACAAAUAAAUUUGAAAGCUGAAAUCGAAGGAAUUUCCGAAGCAUCGGCUACAUAUCUUAUUGAUGUGUAUUUACGUAACAAACUCGAUAAUAAUGAUCGUAUUUAAACAUAUCAACCCAUUGUUCAAUGAUUUUCUCACAAUA